UGAACGCUGAGAGGUCCACUGCGUCGCGCGCGUAGCUAGCGGGAAACCCGACUCAGUUCGCAGCCGCCGCGGUGGAGCAGGUUCGCCUUGGGAAUCGUGCCGCGCGCCGCGCUACCACAAUCAGAAUCAGUGAUCAGUCUCCUCGGAGUCAACAAGAGAAUCGGUACCGUGAUCAGUCUCGCCGUCAACAAGUGGAUCCUUACGUCGCGCGCUGUUAUUAUUUUUGUGAGUUUCCGGUGAUUUUUUGAUGAUCGCGAGUGGUUUCAGGAUGUGAACGGAAUCGCCGAGAUGAGCGUUUUCUCGCUGCGGUGGAUUUUUGUGCUCUGUGUUGGUGUUAGUGUGGAUGUGCUCGCUCAGGAUUUUGAGGGGGGCGCCCCGAGGGACUCGGCGCCCCCUCGCCGACAGACAGUCGGCAAAAGGUGCGCGAACGACCACGGGCUGAUCGGAACAUGCAAGCUUCCAUGGCAGUGCAGUUCCUUGAAGACGCAGCUGGCGAACAAACAGCACCCGAACAUGUGCGGUUUCGAUAAUGUCAUCGGCGUCCCUAUCAUCUGCUGCGCCUUCGACGAUGAACCCGAUGACCAAACGACCAGCAAUACAGACGGGUCCCAUGGAUUCGACUUCGAUGACCCAACGGGCGACUUCUUGAAGAAGUACAUCCUAUGGCAAGCGGAGCUCCACCGGAAGGAGAACGAAGCUUUGGCCACAACAACAGUCAGGACAACAACCACGACCAGGCGAACGAUGACGGACGCCAGAGAAGAACUAAUCGCACGUAGACGAACAUCCUCGGAUCCGAGGGAGGAACUUAUACGAGCGAGACAGUCGCAUCCAGAUCGGAAGGAGGUAUACUCACACUUGCGGAUGGUAACACCAGAUUCAAGCGAGGAAGGUUCGAAAGCACGACAAAUGCAUCCAGAGUAUAGUGAGGAAAUUGCACCCACACGACAAAAUUCCCUAAAUAGAGAUUCUAAACAGGAUGUUUCGCAAGCGCGGCAGUUGCAAAAAGGGCCGAAAGAAGAAAUUCCACAAAUUCACUCAGAGCUUGAAGAGGUUUCAUCUACAAGACAAGUUCUUAGGAACGAUAUUCCAAGCACAAUCAAUCGUACUAAAAUAAUAUCCAGGUUUCGAGAGUAUUCAAACCCACAAGAUGGUCUCAUGUCGAAAGCUGAAAGGAUAGUAGCCCACUUACGGAGUGUCUUCGACGAAGAAGAUGAUGAUGAUGAUGAUGAUGAUGAUGAAGACGACUCAGAAUUCGAGAAGGGUCGGAACCAAACCGAUGAUCAUCCGGAUACGCAGUCGUCACCGGUAGCUGAUACAGACGACCACAUAAGAAUAAGGGUCUCCGAAAGGGUCGAAGAGGCGGAACAUCCUAUAUCCGGGUCCAAAAGAGCGAAAAGGAGUCCUCAAAGUCCGAUGAGGAUGCUCUACGAGUUAGAGGAAGAUGCGUUUUCACCGAGGCUCCUCGAGUCAGAAAUUUUCAAUCAGCCUCAAGAAGGUGUGCGGCGACAAAAACGCGUUCAAGUUGCUUCGGAAGAAGUUCUUUUUAGGCCAGAGAGAUUUAGGCCAGACGUUUUUGACAGAGAUGACGAUGACGACGAGAACCUGGAGCCUGAAGUUGAGAAGUUUCCCGGAAGUUUUCCGAAAGUUGAGGAGCCACAACGGGAGGUCGUUCAGAUUGGGGGCGCUUCCCUCAAGCCCAACAAAAACCAGGGUGUGUCACAUAAAACAACCUCAGUAAACAACGAUGAAAUUAGCUCCCAUUUCAUGUCGCCGACCCCUGAGAUUUACCGAGAGGAACCGAUAGUUAAAGAUGAUGGAGGAAAUCAUGAAGAAGAACAGAUCACUAGCGAAGUUCCAAGAAACCGUGGAGCGUCACUCGAGGGUGAGCCGCUAGAUAGCGCUGGAGGACAAACUCAGAACGAAAUCUCUACCCAGCGUGAGGAAGUCACAAAAUCAAAUCUUGGGGUGACCAAACCUAACGAGCGGAAAUUCGACGUGACCGAGUGCUUGAACCACCUCCGCAGGAAAUAUCUUCAAAGACUCAGGGGUGAUGCUUUACCGUUCGUUUCAAAAAACGGCGGUAGAAAUCCCUUACCAGUGGAUGUGGAGGAAUUGUACAGAGUGCGGAGGGAUGGAAUGACGGAGAUGUUCAGCGGUCGAUCGAUCGAGCGAGUUUGUCUCGAGUUCGGGAAUAAAAUCGAGCAGGAGCUGGAAUUCGAGCUCGCUAGUAAGCUCAUAGAAGUCUUUAAAAAGAGGGAGGAGGCUAUUUUCACACCACCGCUCCCUCCACAUCCUGACGAAGAUAUAAUCCUGGACGAGGAUCAAGCCCGGGAGCAUGAAUGGCUGGCAGCACGAGAAAGUGGGGACAGAAACGGUUCGAUUUAUGUUAUCGAUCAGCCUCAAACGGAAGCAAAGGUGGAAGUCGCUCCAUCGAAUCCAUCCACAGCGAGGUCCCUUCGUUUCAGGCUUAGCCGCCGACGUAGAUGGUCAGGAGAUGAAGAAGAGAGGUCCGGGUGGUCGGACGAGGAGACCCGGCGUCCUGGAACUGGUCAAAGGUUUGACGAGAGAGAUAGAAGGCAAAACUACCACAGGGAGAGUGGAGACUAUCGACAGGAUUCUGGAUUCGAUAGAACCAGAGAUGAGGAGUCCCGCGACCGGGCUCCAAGUCACGACGGACGAAAUCCCGACGAAUCGGAUGAUGGAGGCCAAAACCCCCGAUACUCAAACACGGGUGAUCGAGGAGCAAGACUACAACUAUGGUACGCGAAAGGCGACGAUGAGUACUCGAACAGGAGGCCGGACGAGAGUGAGAACGUCCCACCCAGAGAUACCGUCGAUGGCUUUAUCGAAGACAGCUUCGAUGGCAACGACUCUGGCGAGAAGCCGCAGUUCCAGUUCGGGGGUGGCAAGUGGGAUCGACCUCAAUCAGGACGACCAGACAAGUCCAUCUGGACGUCCAGGCCUGGCGAGUUUCACCCUGAUAAACCCUACUCGAGCUCGCCGGACAGGAAUCCGAACGGGCACUCGGAGGACUACUUCAUCCCGAAACCGAGCCGGAGACCUAGUCGACCGGAAUAUGGGUCUGAGUAUGAUUCUGAGCCUGGACUACGCCCGGAGAGUUACAAUUCUGAGUCCGGACUACGUCCGGACAGGUACGAUUCUGAGCCCAGAAGGACAACGACUUAUCGUCCAGACCGGUACGACGCUGUUGACUCGGACCGGUAUGAUUCUGAGCCCAGAAGAACGACUCGCAGACCUGAUUAUUACGAUUCUGAGCCCAGAAGAACGACUCGCAGACCUGAUUAUUACGAUUCUGAGCCCAGAAGAACGACUCGGAGACCUGAUUAUUACGAUUCUGAGCCGAAGAGAACGACUCGCAGACCUGAUUAUUACGAUUCCGAGCCGAAAAGAACGACUCGCAGACCUGAUUAUUACGAUUCUGAGCCGAAAAGAACGACUCGCAGACCUGAUUAUUACGAUUCUGAGCCGAAGAGAACGACUCGCCGGUACGAUUCUGAGACGAGGAGAACGACGACCGAGCGCUCGGAUUGGUACGAUUCUGAGGAUCGUCGACGGACGUCGACUCGACGUCCGGAUCCACACGAUUCUGAGUUCGUGAACCAACGUGCCACGACUCGAACGACCAGGAGGCCGGACCCGAACCAUUUCAACAAUUACGAUACCGAUUCGAACGACUUUUUCGUACCACCAAGGACCACAACCCGACGACCGGAUCCCUACGAUGAGGAUCGUCCGAACUAUUCGCAAGGGAACAAUUACCCGCAAGGGAACAAUUACCCGCAAGGGAACAAUUACCCGCAAGGGAACAACGAGCCACAAGGGAACAAUUACCCGCAGAGUAAUGGUUAUCCACAAGGGAACCGUCGCCCGCAAGGGAAUAAGCCGAAAGCCACCCCCAGACCAGGGGGGAUUGUCUACCCAUCGAAUGGUGGUAACUGGGGUGGGAAUAGUUACACAACCUCGAGGCCGGAUACUGAUGGGGGCAUUGUCUACCCGGGUGAAGCGUCAACUACGAACAGUCCGCCACGGUAUCCGCCCAAGCCGACGAGGUCACCGGUCAAAGCGCCGAGGAUUAGUGAAACUAAAUGUGCAGAGUACAAAAAACUGACAAAAAGCAGUGUUGCAGCUGUCCUACCUCUGGCAAUCGAUUCCGAGCCAGAAUCUCUCCUGCUGGAAAACUGUCCUCAGAACAGUGUUAGUUUAAUCGUCGGAGGGAAAGAAGCCGUUCUCAAUGAAUUUCCGCACAUGGUCGCGCUGGGUUAUAAGAACCGAGGUCGUCUGACUUACAAUUGCGGAGGCACCCUCAUAAGUGAGAACUUCGUUUUGACGGCCGCGCACUGCAUCAACACCAGCUUAGGGAAACCAGUGCAGGUUCGACUGGGCGAGCUGAUCCUGAACAACGAGGAUGACGGGGCGAGCCCUGUGGACGUUCGGGUGGAGCGGACAACGGUGCAUCCCGAUUACAGGGACGACCAAAAGUACAACGACAUCGCCCUCGUCCGCCUGGAGAGGGAAGUCUCUUUCAGCAACUCCAUCCGGCCAGCGUGUCUCCAUCAGCAGCGGGACCUGAGCCGCAGCGAACUCCCCGUUGCCACCGGAUGGGGCACCACUGAUUAUGGUGGAAAGCGGAGCGACGCUUUACUUAAAGUCGGGCUGAGUGUGAUCAACAACACGCUGUGCAACCGACUGUACGACAAGGAAAGGCGGACCGCUGGCUCGCUCGAAAGAGGCAUCUCAGAAUCCAUGCUCUGCGCGGGAAAACUCGAGGGUGGCAAAGACACAUGCCUGGGUGAUUCGGGUGGUCCCCUUGGGAUACCUCAUCCGGACAGCAAAUGUCAACACUACAUCGUCGGUAUCACAUCGUUCGGGAAAGUUUGCGGCCAAGAAAAUUCACCAGGGGUCUACACUCGAGUGUCUUCGUACCUGCCAUGGAUAGAAAAUAUUGUCUGGAACGGACAGCAAUGAAACUAGUCAUUCAACAAAUAAUUUAAUUUUACUUUUUCUAUUUUAUUCCAUGUUGUAAAUUUUAUAUUUUUGACUAAAAACUGUACAUAUAUCACUUGCCUAGGAAUGUAAAUGAAUGCUCAGUAAACCAGAGAAUGCUUUUAAAGGAUUUUUACAGAAUUUUUUUUUUUUUUUUCGAUGAAAAAUUACGAAAAUGUUUUUGAAUUCUCUUCUGAAUUCUCUUAAAUGUAGUUCUUUGUAAAGUAAUGAAAUCUUGAAAAGAUUUUGACGGAUUCUUGCUAAGUUUGAUACCAAUUAAUGUAGAUAAUUUUAGUAGUACAUUUUAAUAAAAAUUUGCAGUUUUUAAUGAUAUAUUUUCCCGUUUCAAAAUGCUUUAAAGGUUAAUUUGUAAAUGUGUUGCAUAGUUCAUUUUUAUAAUCUCAUCUAUAGCCAAAAAUUUUCAAAAUAUUUUCUGAAAAUAUUUUGAAAAGGUAGGCGCUGUUUUAUUUUACCAUAUUCCCUUCAAUAUCACUUGUUUACUGGGUAAUGUGUUUGUACAAAUUUUAUACCUGGUUUGAUCUUUUGUGUCCUUUUUGUUGUGAUACACCUAUUCAUUCAUGAUGGGAUGCAGAAGUUGCCUGAAGAAAUACAUUUCGAAAAGUUGUACCUCAGA